AACUGGAGCUGGAAAACACCUUAUUAUUCAUGAGAUUUUUACACCGAGGUUAACUGAAACUCAGUGCCAAAGAUGAAACUUUCUAGUUACGUGCGAACCAACAAAUGGAAGUUAAUCAAAACGUUUUUAUGUUACUUGACUUUUUGCUGUUAUGGAGGUUGUGCCACCCUGUUGGGGUCAUCUUUACUGGAUUUACAGAUCAGAUUGGGUGUUUCGUUUAAACAAUUGUCCAGUUUAGUCCCAAGUCGAUCAAUUGGAUUUUUUAUUGGAGGAUUGAUAUCUGGAUUCCUUGACAUGUGUUUUGGACCUGAUAUGGUGUUAUUUGUGACCAUUUUUUCUUCUGGUGUGUUUACAAUAUUGGCUCCAUGGUUUAAACAAUUUUACGGAACUUAUGUUUGCCUGCUUUUAUCAGGAUUAGCUCAAGGAAUUUUUGAAAUCUAUACAAACAUAUGUGUAUUAUCAACAUGGAAUGAUGAAGCUUCUAAUUAUGUGCAACUAUUGCAUGGAUCUUUUGGUCUAGGAUCUUUAUUGGCGCCUCUUCUUGUUAAGCCUUUCUUGUUACCUUUGGUUCAAAAUGAAACUGAAACUCAAAGCGAUGAAGUUGUUCUUGGAGAUUACACCCCCGAUGACGUGAAAGUUCAGUAUCCAUAUUUAAUUCUUGGAUCCAUUCUUGUUUUUGGGUCCUUUGGCUUUCUCUUCUUUCACUUCAAAAACAAGUCGAUUAAGAAUGCAAAUGAAACUAUUGAUGAUGAGAUUGUUGAUGAUGAUAAGCCUGUUGUCAAUAAAAUAUUUGCCGUUUUAAUCGUUGCAUUCAUCGCUCACACAACAUUUGCAGCUGAGACAGUUAUCGGAACAUUGGCGCCAGCUUUCGUUGUUAAAUCGGAUUUGAGGAUGACAAAACAAGCUGGAGCCAAUAUAGUUUCAGCCUUUUGGUUCUGCUUCACAUUUUAUCGUAUUAUUUACAUCACAUUCACCAGGUUUAUCAGGGAAAGACGUAUAAUUAUUUUCAAUUGUACACUCUCUCUGAUAGGACUGAUAUUGAUGUGUGUCUAUCCUGAACAAAGUCAAGUGAUUACAUGGAUUUCAUUUACAUUACUUGGAAUCGGAUUUUCACCUGCAUUUUCUUCCUCACUUGGACUGCUACAAAAAUACAUAACAGUCUCGAAUAGAUAUGCUUCAUUUUUAUUCAUUAUUGCUAGCUCUGGCGAAGCGGCUCAUCCAUGGGUUAUCUCAAAAUUUAUGGACUCUUUACCAACAUUUUUUGCCUAUUAUGUUGCUAUUUUAUCUUUUAUUCAGGUAAUUUCUGUUCUUUCAUUGUCGCCAAUAUGCCAGAAGCUUUUCAAAUCCAAAACAAAGACAACAUUGAAUAGACUUGCUUCAGUUAGAUCAAGUCAAAGAUAGUACUUUCGAUUUAUCUUACUUGUAUUAUGACUCUAAAUAGAUCAAAGAUGUAAUUGUUGAACCUUUCAUUAAACCUGUGAAAACCAAAGACAAAUACUUUAUA